AUGGUUGCUCUCGACGCGACUUCGCUGCCUGUGGCACUGCCAGUAAGUUGCAUUGCGCGGUUACCCUCGCUUCUUCUCUCACUCCCUAGUGAGCAACAGCUAAACAAUGUACAGGUAAUCUCGAAAGACUUGGGCGGCUCUGCCGUUGAAGCAUUUUGGAGUGCCACAUCGUUCUUGCUUGCCUCGACAGUAUUCCAACCCAUUAUAGCAGCAUUUUCGAAUCUCUAUGGGCGAAAAGCUUUGAUGAACGUUAGCCUGGUUUUCUUCUUCGUCGGUUCUGUCGUCAUUGCGGCUGGGAAAAACUUCACAACUGUUAUUAUAGGUCGGACCGUUCAAGGCUCCGGUGGAGGUGGGAUCACGUGCCUGACAACUCUGAUCAUCGUCGACAAAAUACCUUUAAGGGAACGUGGCAAAUGGAUUAGCUUAGUGGGCGCCAUGUUCUCGAUAGGUACCGUGACUGGCCCUUUACUCGGUGGUGGGUUGGCAAAACAGACUCUGUGGCGCUGGAUCUUUUGGAUCAAUCUUCCCAUCCUAGGCAUUGCCACAGUCCUAAUUGCCCUCUUUCUGGACACCGCGAAAGAACCAGGAUCCUUUAUCGGAAAACUAGGAGUGCUAGAUUGGGUCGGGAUGGCUUUAUUCCUUCCUUCCGCAACCGGAUUUAUGAUACCGAUAACCCGCGGUGGUGUUGAAUGCCCCUGGGAUUCCUGGCGUACACUCGUACCCUUGUUUGUCUCUAGUGCUGGUCUUAUAGCAUUUGCUAUGCAUCAGGAGUAUGUGGCGACGAACCCAUUGAUUCGCACCUCUGUCUUCAAGAAUCUUUCCGCGUCCAUCAUCCUUUUUCAAACCAUAAUAUACGGUAUCAUCCUGGGAGCGGUCUUCCUUUACUUGCCGCUUUAUUUCGAGGCUGUCAAGGGCAUGUCCCCUGUCAUGGCUGGGGUUGCCAUCUUCCCAUGGACACUGACUGUUGCUCCAUGCGCCAUGAUCACGGGAAUCGCCAUCUCAAAGACAGCACAAUACCGAUGGGCCAAUUGGCUAGGGUGGUGCUUGACAGUCCUUGGUAUGAGCUUUCUUGUGUGUCUCAAAUCCGACACCUCAACUGGUGUUUGGAUUGUGCUAUGUCUGGUCGGCGGUGUCGGCCUGGGUAUCCUCUAUCCAGCGAUGCUUAUUGCCGUCCAAGCAUCAUCGUCCACAGAGAACCAGACUUAUUCAACAAACUUAUUCACUUUCUUCAGAGCCUUCGGUCAAGCUUUGGGAAUAGCAGUCGGCGGUGUCGUUUUCCAGAACAUGAUGGAAAGGAGAAUGUUAUCAAAGCCACUCGUGUCCGAUAUGGCCAAGGAAUACUCAAGGGAUGCGGUAGGGUUGGUGCAGAUCAUCAAAGCCAUGCCAGAGACCGAGAUGAAGAAACAACUAACGGAGAGUUUUACGUACGCACUCAUGUAUACCUGGGUGUUUGUCGCAGUCCUCUCGGGGUUUGCGUUAGUUGCGAGCUUUUUUCUCAAAGGCUAUGAGCUAAGCAGCCCAGAGGAGGUGGAGCAAAGAAACGCAGAUGAUAAAAAGUAG